GUCCCCGCUACAAAGGGGUAUAUUAUGGUAGGUUUGAAGGCGCACAAGGAGAAGAAUCUUUAGAUCAAUAGUACAUCAUCAACCUUGAGCCUUCCAGCUAACGCAGACCACUCAAUCCCCAUCAUCACCCAAAGACGUCGUUUACGACCUUCCAUUUCACCACGGCAAGAAACAUCUUCAAAAUGACACAAAAGGUCAUCACCGUUUUCGGUGCCACGGGCAACCAAGGCGGCAGCACUGCCUCUGUGAUCUUCAACAGCCCAGAUUUAUCGGCCAAAUACAAAGUGCGAGCCAUCACUCGCGACCCGUCAAAGCCAGCGGCUCAAGCUCUUUCCUCAAAGGGAUCCGAACUGGCCAAAGCAGAUCUGGACGACCUUGAAAGCGUUCGAUCAGCCAUUGCCGGGUCCUAUGGCGUCUUCGCUGUGACCAACUAUUGGGAGAAAGCAUCAAAGUCCGCCGAGAUUCAGCAAGGCAAGAACAUUGUCGAUGCAUGCAAAGAAGAAGGCAUCAAACACCUAGUCUGGUCCUGUCUGCCCAAUGUCACCAAGCUGACCAAUGGCGAACUCUCCAAAGUUGAGCACUUUGACUCCAAGGCCGAAGUCGCCGAGUACGCUGAGCUGGUCAAAGGGGAUAUGAUUGUCUCUUAUUUCAUGCCAGGAUUCUUCAUGUCCAACUUGACACAACAGUUCCAACCGGACAAGGGCACCGGUGUCGUGACAUUGAGCCAGCCUUGGAAUCCAACAGAGACAUGGGUCCCCAUGCUCGACAUCCAACGCGAUACCGGUCUCUUCACGGCAGGGCUGUUCGAAGCCGGGUCUCAGGCCAACGGGGUCUUUGUGCAAGGUGUCAGUGAGUGGGUGCACCCGAAAGAUAUCACGGAUCAGUUGUCUCAGAUCACAGGCCGUGAAGUCAAGUUUGUGGAGAGGCCGGCCAGCGUCGAGUCUGCCGCGCAGUUGGGCAAUAAGAUUAUGGAAGAACUCACUCAGAACAUGAUCCUUAUCCGCGAUUAUAGCUACUUCGGCAAAGGGUCUGAGCAAAGGCAGGACGAGAGUGAUAGAUUCUUGCUUCCGGGGGGGAAGAGAAAUACCUGGGAGGCAUUUGCUCAGAACAUACAGUGGCAGUGGUAGUGGCAGUGCUCGCACCGUGGGAAGGAGGAUGGAUCCAGUGGAUAGAUCGACACCAGUAUAUAUUUAAUGCAUGCCCCUGCAAUUACAAUCCU